GAUUGGCUGCGGGGUCGUGACGUAGAGGGGGCGUUCCUCGGAGUAGGAAGUAUGACGUAACAUUUGUUUUGGAAAAGCAGAGACAGAAGCGACGAAAAUGGCCGAAAAAGCGCCUGAUUUCAAGCUCAUAUUUGAGAAGGAGGGAGUUUAUCUUCACACAAACGCCAAAAAGAGCAACCUGGACACGAGCAUCCCAGGGUUCAUCCGGAUUGUGGAGCGUGCUGGGAUCCCUGCAUUAGAGUGGAGUCCAGUGGAAGACGAGGCAUGCAACGCUCCUGCCGUGCUCUUCAGCAAGAAGGAUGGAGAGGGGGGCCUGGAGGACACGCACUUUGAGCCCGGAUAUGAGCCAGACUGGGCCGUGAUCAGCACCGUGAAGAAGAACAGAGAACCGACCCCCACCAAGGCAUCGGGCGAGUGGGCCUUCUCCCUCCCCCUCUCAGAGCUCUACUCUCUACGCCGUGCUCGCUUCUCAUUGGGCAGAAACUUCCUUGUUCUGACUAGUAGGGGGGGCCAUCCUCUGCCUCCGUUGCACUUCCACAGAGGGGGCACCAGAGAGCUGCUGAGGGCUAUGCACCGCUACGUCAUCCUGGACCCGUCUCCGGUGGACGCACGGCUGUUUUUGGCUUUUCCAAAUGAUUCAGGCGACACCUCUCCUUCGUUCGACCGACUUCAGCUCCUCGACGACGGUUCCGAUCUUGUCCAGAGGUUCAUCCAUGAUCCAUACGCAACGACGUUUGGAGGAUUUUCCAAAGUCACAAACUUUUUCCGCGCAGCGAUCAAACCUCCGCAGAUGCUUCACCACAGAGGAGCCCAUGAUCCAGCGCACCCUGGUGGUCAGGAGGAGGAGCCUGAGUUUGAGCUCAUCACAUGUGGCGUGGAGCUGGGGCCGCAGCCUCAGGUGACCCGGGGCCAACCUCUGGACCGAUGGGACGACCUGCUAGACUCUGAGGGUCGAGUGAUGCAGCCCGAGAGGAUCAAAGAGAUGGUGUUUAGAGGGGGCAUCUCUCCACCGCUGAGGAAGGAGCUGUGGAAGUUCAUGUUGGGUUUUUACCCUUGGAGCAGCACACAUUCAGAGAGAGAAGAGAUCCUCAGAGUCAAAACAGACGAGUAUUUCCGGAUGAAGGUUCAGUGGAAGUCAGUGAGCGAGGAGCAGGAGAUGAGGAACUCCCUGCUGCGCGGAUACAGGAACCUGAUUGAGCGUGACGUGAACCGGACAGACAGAAACAACACGUUUUUCUCAGGCAACGAUAAUCCAGGACUCACCCUGCUCCACGACGUCCUCAUGACCUACUGCAUGUACAACUUCGACCUCGGUUAUGUCCAGGGCAUGAGUGACCUGUUGGCUCCGCUGCUGUUUGUGACUCAGAACGAGGUGGAGUCUUUCUGGUGUCUGACCGGCUUCAUGGACCUCGUGCACCUGAACUUUGAGGAGUCUCAGGAGGCCAUGAAGAAACAGCUUCUACAGCUGAGUCUACUGCUACGAGCGCUCGACCCAGAGCUCUGUGACUUCCUCGACUCUCAGGACAGCGGCUCUCUCUGCUUUUGUUUCCGGUGGCUGCUCAUCUGGUUUAAGAGAGAGUUCUCUUUUGAGGACAUCCUGACCCUGUGGGAGGUGCUGUGGACCCGUCUGCCCUGUGAGAACUUCCACCUCCUCGUGGCCUGUUCCAUCCUGGAGUCUCAGAGAGGAGAGUUGAUCGGGUCGGACCACGACUUCAACACCAUCCUCAAACACAUAAACGAGCUGACCAUGAAGCUGGAUCUGCAGUCUGUUCUGCGUGGAGCUGAGGCCAUUUACCUGCAGCUAUUGUCAUGCAAGGAGUUACCGGUGAGGGUUCAGGAGGUCCUUGGUUUAUGUGUCCCCGCUCCAAGUUCUGACAGUAGCCCUGAGUCCCAGAGCAGUGAGAGCGACCGCCUCCUCCAACAGUAACUACCACGACGACAACUCCCCCAACGUCAACUCCACAAAAAUAAAUGCCCAAAAUUAACUACCCCAACGACAACUCCCCCAACGACGAAUACUCCCCAAAAAUAACUCCCCCAACGUCAACUCCCCAAAAAUAAAUGCCCAAAAUUAACUACCCCAACGACAACUCCUCAAAAAUAACUCCAACAAUAACUCCCCGAAAAUAACCCCUCCUAUAUUAAUUCCACCAACAACCACGCCCCCAAAAAUAACUCCCCAACAACAACUCCCCUGACAACUCCUCCUUCAGCUAUUGAUACUUUGCGGCUGAUGUCAUCAACAUUCCUUUGGGGUGUGAUGCUAACUGUAGGCACUGCUCUGUCUGAACCUCUGUUACUUCUAAUCUGAGCUUUGUUUUAACAUAAUCUGAUUUAGCUGAACUGAACUACAACAGGUGAUCUUAUUUGUGCUGUUAAACAAGUCCCUCUCACAUAACACUACAAUCACAAGCUAGCUAGCAUUAGCCAACACUUUUUCAGUUAGCCACUCUCACAGUUUUGUUGAAAAUUGAAAUGUUUAAAUCCAGUUUGUAUUUUAUUGAGUUUUCAGACUUUUGUUGCUGGCAGUGUUUGCUAAUGUGUGCAUCGUGUCACCGUGGUUACUGCCGAACGUUCUGCCAUAGACAUACAUGCAGAACACCACCAGUGCGAUAUCAGUGCAAAGUAUCAAUAAGUCCUCUGACUAUAACUCCCUUACAAAAAAAAAAAACUCCCAGUCCUGAGACCUAAAGUGCAAACACUAAAAAAAAUAAACGGAUUCAACAUGGUGGAAAUAUUCAAAUAGGUUGUGUUCACGUGACAUCGGCUCACUGUAGAAUUAAUGUCCCUGUAAUGUCAUUAAUGUCGCUAUAAUGCCGCAUUCUAGAUGGUCGUGAACGCAACCUAUUAAAGUCCAAAGCCAUAUGAAAAAAACUGUUCAAACAAGUUUAAUACGACUGCAGUAACAAAAUAUACCUUAAUUUAACUUUUAGAUAUCCAUCGGUUACAUAGUGAUAAAAAGACUGCACCGUCACCAUAGCAAUUAUCAACUCAAAACAAAAUAUUAUAUCUAUUGAAUGGUGAAAAGUCCUCAAAAUGGCGCCUAUCGACAGGAAGCAGAUACCCAUGAAUAUUUACUUUCUUGUUAACAAUUUGAUAUGAGAAAUUUUACAGCUUUAUCCUUUAUUUAAAACUAUAGUGUGUAACUUUCUGAAGGUGAAAAGUGAACUGUGUGAUUCCAUGGAAAUACAAAGUUAAAAUCAUACUGCGAAACAUUCUACAUGGAGAUAGAUAUGUUUUAUGGCAUACUGUGGAAUAUUAUAGCCAUAGGAACAACAAUUCCGUGGAAACAAGAAACAAGUCCCUUGUCCAGGACAAAAAAAGUCAGGUUUGUGGAGAUGCAAGCCCUCUCGGACUAAGGAUGCAUGUUUUUAUUUGUUUUUCGGUUAAAUACAAACAUCUGUAAUGAAAAAAACAUUAUUUAUUUUUGUUUAUUUUUUUGGUAAAAAUUUCUCUACUGUGGCUUUACAUUCAAAUAAAGAAAAUAUAUUUUAAAUCAAAAAACAAAAUCUUAAACCAGCCCUGUUGGGCUUUUGUCGCUCUAUAGUUCUAAUCUCUGACCCCCGUGGAUCAUUAUGUUAUAAUGUGUACAUUUUAAAUCACAAUAAUCAUCUAAAACAACUUAAUAAACGAAACAAGCCCGCUGACUUCUUUUUUACAAAACUGUGGUUCUUAAUGGCUGCUGACAUCGCUGUAAAAAUCGCUGACAUGGCGUCUUGAAAAUAAGAGAUUAAAUAUUACUCAAACAUGAAUCACUCCAAAUACAACUUCAGAUGUUCAAUGAGAAGAAACGACUAGAACAUGGUUAAAAGAGCAGUGAAAAGAACAGUUUGCAGAAUUAAUUUCAAAACUGCUCAAGCCUCGAUAUAUUUUCUUAAUGCGAGUCAUUUUAACACUUGUAAAUUGCACUAUUCUGUUGUGAAAUUUGAAAUGAAAUGUUUGCUGAUGAUUCCAAACUCACUGUGUAACUAAAGGACUCAAUGAAGACGAAUGAAGACUGUUGUUCCUGCAGACACAGCCAGGGGGCGCUGUUUCUCUGUCCUGUUUAAGUGUCUUUCCUUAUAAACUUUGUAUGGGACCCUUUUGAAGCUGCUACUGUCCCUCUCCUCCUUGUUAUGUAAAGGUUAUCUGUUUGUGUAUUUUAGUUUCAGUUUUGGUUUGAAAAAAGGGAUUUAAGACGUGUGUGCGGUCAUUCCUAUGCAAACAUGUGCAUGCUUUUCUUAUAUUACUCCAAAGCUAAAGGUGUUUGAUUUUAACCUUUGUGAUAAUCUCAAAAAGACAGGUCACACUGAAUAAACUGUUACUC